CAAAAGGAAAGGACAAAUUAUGCGACAAUAAAAGUCACAGUAAGAGGCUCAUGCAUGGCCAGGCGUCUCUCCUCUUCUGAAUAUGUAUAAUUCAACUGGAUGCCUUCCUUUUGGAAUUUUACAUCUCUUCUUCUUCUCAUACUUUUCUUGAUGAUUCCCCACACAAUAACCAACCAUUAAAAAGACCACCCAAUCAAUACUAAUCCCUUUUAUAUUCUCCAAAAACCUCGCCAUUAUUUUAUCUAUAAUUAUCCCUUAUCAAGGCCAGUAUUCUAUAUGCUUCUCUUUGUACAUUAAUUCUUGAUUUUCAACAUGGUGAGAGUGGAAACAAUACCAGCUUAUUGGAGAAAUUUUGCGGGGUUUUUUCUUCUUUUUCUGGUGGGAUUUUUGCAAAGGACAUGGGCAGAUGAUAGGCUACUGGAUUCGUCAAAGUUGAGAAUGUUCGUGGAUGAACUUCCAGAUAUGCCCAGAAUUCAUGGGUAUGAAGUUGUCAAUGGUGUUUACAAACCUAAAUUGCUCAAGAUUGGCAUGUUUCAUAAGAAAUGGAAAUUCCACAGAGAUAUUCCAGCAACUCCAGUAUUCGCAUAUGGCACAUCAAAACAAACAGCCACAGUCCCCGGACCGACAAUCGAGGCCCUUCACGGGGUAAGCACCUACGUGACGUGGCUUAAUCACCUCCCUCCAAACCACAUCCUUCCUUGGGACCCUACCAUCCCCAUUGCCUCGCCGCCGAGCAAGACCGGCAUCCCGACGGUUGUGCACCUCCAUGGCGGCAUAGACGAGCCGGAGAGCGACGGUCACUCGGAGUCGUGGUUCACUAGGAAUUUCAGACAGCGUGGGCCCACAUGGACCAAGAAGAAGUACCGUUACCACAAUGUUCAACACCCUGGGACCCUUUGGUACCAUGAUCAUGCUAUGGGUUUGACCAGGGUCAACCUCCUAGCUGGCCUUGUUGGUGCCUACGUCAUAAGACAACCCAAUGUGGAGCUGCCACUUGAACUGCCUUACGACGACGAGUUUGACCGCCCCUUGGUCGUGUUUGAUCGUAGCUUCCGUUAUGAUGGUUCGAUUUAUAUGAACUCCACCGGGAAUAAUCCCGGAAUACACCCGCAAUGGCAGCCGGAGUACUUUGGCGACACAAUCGUGGUCAACGGUAAAGCGUGGCCUUACAAGGUCGUAAGGCGAAGGAAGUAUCGAUUCAGGAUCAUCAAUGCAAGUAACGCUCGGUUUUUCAAAUUCUACUUCACCAACAAUUUGACGUUUAUCCACGUGGCAUCCGACUCGGCUUACCACGAACGCCCCGUCAUCCUCAAAGAAUUCUUGUUGGCUCCAUCUGAGAUCGCUGACGUGGUGGUUGACUUUUCAAAGUCACAAUCUGAUUCGGCUAUCCUAGCUAACGAUGCACCCUAUCCUUACCCUUCGGGUGAUCCGGUGAACGAAGAAAACGGUAUGGUCAUGAAAUUCAUCAUAAGCAAACACGAAGAAAACGAUGAUUCGAAGAUCCCGAAAGAGUUGAUCAGGUAUCCAAGUCCCGGCGAAUACCACGUGGCGAAAACGAGACACAUUGCCAUGUACGAGUACACAAGUGACAUUGACGAGCCUACACAUUUGUAUAUCAACGGAAAGCCAUACGAAGCUCCGGUGACCGAGAUCCCGAAAGUCGGAACCAGCGAGGUAUGGUACGUGAUUAAUCUAACGGAGGACAAUCAUCCAUUGCAUAUUCAUCUGGGUCUUUUUAAAGUAUUGGAUCAGACGGAGUUGGUCAAUGAAGAUGAGUUUAAAGACUGCAUGUUGAAGCAUAAUGACGCAGUCAAAUGCCAAGUCGAGAAGUACGCACGUGGAGAAAAAGUAGAGGUGCCAGCUCACGAGAAAGGGUGGAAGAAUGUGUAUAAGAUGAUGCCGGGAUAUGUUACGAAGAUAUUAGUGAGAUUUUCGUUCAUUCACUCCAAUCAAUCCUAUCCCUUUGAUGCAACUGCAGAGCCUGGCUAUGUGUUUCAUUGCCAUGUAAGUUAUUACUACCUUUUUUUUCAUUUCCUAGUACUUGCUUUCGUAUGUAUAUGUAUGCUCCUACAAUAUCUCGCAUUUACUUUAGAAGUGUUACAUUUAAUGUCUGGAAACUCUGCUUUUGGUUUGGUAGAUUUUGGAUCAUGAAGACAAUGUGAUGAUGAGGCCCUUGAAGUUCCAUAAGUGACAAGUUUCAAGAGGUACAUUUGCUGUUGAUUAAAAUGCUGUUGAAACCAGCAAAUGCAGACACAUUAAUCCUUUCGGUGGUGUGUUCAGCGGUCGAUAUGGGCUGGCUUUUUGGUUAUUGCUGUAUUUUCAUAUAUCAUUCUUGUAUUGUUACUGUAUAGACUAUAGUUAGGCCAGAGAAUUCUGCGAAAAAGUAAUACCACAAAAUAUCGAGGUAAUUUAUUGAGUGUUAGCCAAAAAAAUAUUACUCUCAUCUUCACACUAAAAGAAUAUCUCCCAUGAACUAUGAGAUACUCCCUCCUUAAUAUAAAGUAUUUUGAUUUGUCAUGAAUUUCACAUAGUAUGUAUUUUGAAUUGGAGAGA